GCCCACCCGUGCCACCGAGCCCGCCGGCGGCGGGGACCGACCCGCCGCCGUGUCCCCGCCGGGAGCUGCGGCGCGGAGCGCAGCCCGGGCAGCCCCCAGCAGCCCACCAGGAGCAUGGCCCAGCCAGAGAGCAAACUGGUGUCCCCGCCGGUGGCACCCUCGUCCCCCGAGCUGGAGUGCCACAUCUGCUACAGCCGCUUCGACGCCCGUGCCCGCAGGCCCAAGCUGCUCCGCUGCGGCCAUCGCCUCUGUGCCCGCUGCCUGCGCAGGAUUGUUCCCCCGGGGGACAAUUCAACCCCCCAGCUCCGUUGCCCCUUCUGCCGCCAGCACAGCCCAGUGCCGGGCGGGGACGUGCAGCAGCUGCAGGAUGACGGUGAGGCGCUGGCACUGCUGACAGGCCGUGAACGGGCCAAGAAACGGGGUCCACCCCUAUCUCCUGAGGUACUCCUUUGCCCCAGCGUGCUGGAGCCCACAUCCAGCCCCGACUGCCUGGUUGUCACCAUCCUGGAGGUGCCAGAGGACGUAGCCCCACCAGAGAGCCUGGGCAGGCUGGAGGUGGUGCGGCUGUACCGCCCCACGAGCCUGGGUGCUCUGCCCUGCCACGGCCCUGGGCAGAAGUGGCGCUCCUGGGGGUGGCAAGCCAUCCCCCGCUUCAUUCUGGGUGUUCUCUGCCUCCUCUACUUCAGCUCCCUGCCUUUCGGCAUCUACCUCCUGCUCAUCGAGCACCACAGCCUGGGCAUCAUCCUGGUCAGUCUUGUGCCCUCCACCCUUCUUCUCUGCAUUGUCUACAGCCUCUGCCAGUGCCUGUGCCUGGAGGUCUUUGGGUUCCCCCACUCCUGACCCUGCAGAACCAACCCAUGUGCCUGAGCCAGUCAGGAUUUGGGUUCCUUGGGGCAUUGUCCCUUGAGGUACACAUGUCCUCUGACCCACAGCAUGCUCUGCCUGGACCAUGGGGAGAAGCUCAGUGCCUGGUGCCUUCCCGUGCAGAGCAGCACUGUCUUUUCCAUGUGGGUGCUCACACUGGCUGGAGUGGCUGCAGGAGCUCGUUGCAGCCUAUAAGCAUUUGGGCCGCACCUCAGCUCGUCCUCCUCCUCCUCCACAGAAGACAAAGAGCAGCAGCCAGGAGGACACUAAUCCCGGCUGAGGGAGCGCGAGUGCUGGGCGCUGAGCGCCGCGGCCGGAGGGGCCCCGGCAGGAGAGGGACGGGCAGAGCCCGGGGGCUCCUGCGGCCGGACUGGCCCCAGCACGGCUCCGUGUCCAUAGUGUAAAUAGUUCUGUCUGUGGCGCC